UGACGCCGCUGGUCUCGUUAUCCACCCUGGGCACCGCUGCAAUUAAAGGUACGCAUAAUGAAAAUGUUUAUACACAGCCUUUAAGUAUACAUUUGCCACAGUAAUUUCACUGUAUUUAAGCGCAGAUCGCCACGAACACAACCUUACGUGACUGUUGUUGGAGCAUUAUUUUGCAGUAAAACCAACUCCCUCCCUCUCCCCUCUACACACAACACCGAAACAAAAAGUUGCGGAAAUGGUUGACCAACUGGAGGAUUCUGUUAUCGAGACCAACUACGAUGAAGUUGUCGACAGCUUCGAUGACAUGGGCUUGAAGCCCGAGUUGCUCCGUGGUAUUUACGCCUACGGUUUUGAGCGUCCUUCGGCUAUUCAACAAAGAGCCAUUGUCCCCAUUUUGGGUGACCGUGAUGUCUUGGCCCAAGCCCAAUCUGGUACUGGUAAGACCGCUACCUUCUCUAUCUCUGUUUUGCAGAAGAUUGAUACCAGCUUGAAGCAAUGCCAAGCUUUGAUCUUGGCCCCUACUCGUGAGUUGGCUCAACAAAUCCAGAAGGUUGUUGUUGCCUUGGGCGACCUUAUGAACGUUGAGUGCCAUGCCUGUAUUGGUGGUACUCUUGUUCGUGAGGAUAUGGCUGCCCUCCAGGCUGGUGUCCACGUUGUUGUUGGUACUCCUGGUCGUGUCCACGACAUGAUCCAGCGUCGUGCCCUUCCCACUGAUGCUGUUAAGAUGUUCGUCCUUGAUGAGGCUGAUGAGAUGCUUUCUCGCGGUUUCAAGGACCAAAUCUACGACAUCUUCCAACUCUUGCCUCCCACUUCCCAAGUUGUCUUGUUGUCUGCCACCAUGCCCCAAGACGUUCUUGAGGUUACCACCAAGUUCAUGCGUGACCCCGUCCGUAUUUUGGUGAAGAAGGAUGAGCUUACCUUGGAGGGUAUUAAGCAAUUCUACGUUGCUGUCGAGAAGGAGGAGUGGAAGCUUGACACCUUGUGCGAUCUCUACGAGACCAUCACUGUCACUCAAGCUGUCAUCUUCUGCAACACCCGUAGAAAGGUCGACUGGCUUACUGAGCAACUUACUGAGCGUGACUUCACUGUCUCCUCCAUGCACGGUGACAUGGACCAAGCUCAACGUGACAUUUUGAUGCACGAGUUCCGUACCGGUUCUUCCCGUAUUUUGAUUACCACUGAUCUUUUGGCCCGUGGUAUCGAUGUUCAACAAGUCUCCUUGGUCAUCAACUACGACUUGCCCGCUAACAGAGAGAACUACAUUCACCGUAUCGGUCGUGGUGGUCGUUUCGGUCGUAAGGGUGUUUCCAUCAACUUUGUUACGAGCGAGGACGUCCGUAUGAUGCGUGAGAUUGAGCAAUUCUACAACACUCACAUUGAAGAGAUGCCUAUGAACAUUGCUGACUUGAUCUAAGGGUCUUAGAAUAAAAUCACAGCGAGCAUAGCGAGCUGGAAUAAUACGAGCGCGGAGCGCAGGUGAAACAGAAAAAAGGUGGGUUUUGAGAGGAGAUGGAGAAAUUGGAUGAGUGAGUUUGCGUUGAUGAGUUCCAGUCGAAAGUGUAGC